UUUUGGUAAGAAAGAGGGUUUUGGAAGCGACGGAGGGAGAGAAAUGGCGGAGGAUGGAGCAGGCACAAGAAAACGCGAAGAAGAAGAAGAAGAAGAAGAAGAAGAAGAGAAGGGGAUGAGUCCAUGGGAGCAACACUCUGCGGUCAUAAGCAUUCCUCGCUUUGACUACAAUGCCCCCUCUUCUCUUCUCCGUUUCUCCCAUUCUGGCUUUCUCAUCACUUGUUCUAUCAAACGGGAAAAAAGCGCAACCAAAGAAGCCAUCUCUAUCCUUCACAAGUUCGUUGAUGACUGUUUGGAAAAUACUACUUCUAAGAAAAGGAGGAUCUCCGCUGAGGAAACCCACUCUGGAGAUGGUAAACUUUCUGGUCUUUCUUUGGUUAAGCUGACAAGGAAUGGGUUGCUUCUCUUUACGUUUCCCAAUAACUCAUUGCCUGACACUGUUAAUAUUGUGUCAAAUAUCAUUCAAGCUGUGGAGUCUGGGAGUGUAAGUGUGCCAGUUUGGUGCCAUCGCAUUUUCCCUAUCCAAGCUACCUGUGGUUUGAACGAAAAAGAACUACAAGAAGUAGUAUCUGCGCUUGUUAAAAAAUUCAUGGAUGCUAAACAGGACAAACUUGAACGACCUCUAAAGUUUGCUGUUGGGUACAACCGAAGAGGAAUUGAAGAGACAAAGUUUGUGAAAGAGAAUCCAAAUGGUUCUGAUGUAUUUAGUUUAUUGGACCGUAAUAAAUGUUUUGGGGUAGUUGCUUCUGCAGUCAAUCAUGUUGUGGAAGAUUCAGUAGUGGAUCUCAGGUCUCCAGAGCUCUCAGUUCUUGUUGAGUUUCUGCCCCUUUCUGGAGUACCUAAUGGGUCGAUGGUGGUUGCUGUCUCUGUCCUCCCCAGAAACCUUAUUAGUACAAAGCCUAGACUGUGUGUCAAGGCCCUUACUUCCAAUACUAUGAAAGGGUCUGUGGCUCAAUGAGAGGGACUGGUGCUACUGUUUCAUUUCAGAAUGCGUGGACAAUGUUGCUUUGUCAGGUUUCUUAUCUUGGAAAUGUCUGGUGGAUUUUGUACCAGCUUGCAAAUGGAAAUUGAAAGAGCCAAAGUGCAAUCCCCUCCUAAACCAGCUAGUAAUAAGAAAUAAAAUAACCCACUAUUCUGACCCUUUCUAUAAAGUACUAGGUGUAGUCACUUUUGCUCCACUCUACCUAAUGUGGCUUAAUAUUAAAUGUGAUCUGUGAAAUCAAGUAGAAUACGCUUUAUUCAAGUUAAACUUUGAUGGCGUUAUGCCUUCGUAUAUUCACUGGUCUCUAAUGUUUUAGAUAGUGCCGUGUAUUGUUUGUUUGGAAAGUAAUGCACUGAUUUUGCGAUAUGCUUGAUGAAAGAAAUCCUGUGGAUUAAUUCAAAUUUUAUACUAUAUGCAUUAUG